UUAAAAAUACCAAAUAUUAAAAAGUGUUGUGUAAGGCAUCACAGUUACCCUUGAAGCUUAUUUCAACUUGCAGUCUAUUAUCCGAACCUAAAUUAUAGUUUUGGUGUUCGAUUCAGACACGAAAUAAUAGCAAACAAAUGAAUAAACGAAAAAAAGAAAUGGCUGGCGAAGGCGAGAAACUGACUGGCCUGUCAAAAAUCUUCAAUGGUACCACCAUGGCUGGCCGUGCUAACGUGGCCAAGGCCACAUACGCCGUAAUGGGACUGCUUAUCGCCUACCAGGUCCUGAAGCCCAAGAAGAAGUAGAGCUCUCCACGCCGCAAAUUUUAAAGAUCCGUACAGCGCUGCCGGAUUCCGGUUUUUUGGCAUUGUCCGGAUCAGACGUCGCUCCAUUAAGCGAGCCGUUUAUAUUUAAUGUGUAGUGCAAGACCUUGAAGGAAUAAAUAAGUUGAAAAUGUAACACACUGAA